ACUUUACACAUUACUGUAACUUUUAAACUGUGUGGGUCCAGACUUCAGACGCAUAUAACUUAAGACGGAAUUUCAAAACUUGUUACUCUUUAUUGUCAUUUUAAAAUCAAUCUCUAGACUACUCUGAAUGAAAUGACAUAAGAGGAAACUUUCGAGGUAAUGCACGUUACCUAAUAUUGAACUUUGUAGCUGUAUAAGAAUCAGAAAAUCUGAGAAAAAGUCAAUACUCGUCAACUCUUUUUUGACAAAAAAAGUGAACAGCAUUCAGGAUAGUGACAGUGUUACUAGUUCAAUUAUUGAAUUCACUGAGAGUUAGAGUUUAGUCCAGUGACGUCAGAAUAAUACUGCAAAUGCCUCUAUUUAGUGUACUACUACUAUUAUUAAUAUUAGUGCAUCAUAUUACUCAUAAUCAUAGACACAUUGCCUACUAAUUUAUUAAUUAUGAAGACAUCACAUCGAACAAUAUUAAAAGAAGAAGAUUUACAUUCAUUUGUACUAGACUAGUAGUACUAUGCCUAUAAUUAAUUUAUAAAAUUUAUAGCACCUACCGGCCAAAUAAUUUUAAUAAUUAAUUAAACUUUUUCCUAUUAAAUCUCUAAAGUCUAUACCAGGGGUCGGCAACCUUUUGAGCCGGAAGAGCCAAAAGUUACAACUUACAAAAUUUACCAGUUUUUAAAGAGCCACUAACAUUUUGAUUAAAUUAAUUUUAAUAUAAUUAUUAAUAUUUGCGCAUGGAACUGGAGAGCCGCCUCUUGACAUCAAAAGAGCCGCAUGCGGCUCGCGAGCUAUAAUAUAAUAAUAAUAUAACUAUAGACUAGAGUCACUAGAGAAGUAUACCUUUACGAAGUGGCUAUUCGUACCCGGGUACCAGAAGUGAGAGGUUGGGAUUAAAAAAUUACUUAAAAUUUUAUUUUUGGAUUUGUAAGACAAAAUGAGGUAUCAAAUAAAGAUAAUUGAAUGGACUAUACUAUAUGUUUGUACACUUCCUUCAUCCUAAAAUAAACUACCGGUACCACAAAUGACAUCCGAAUAGCACCGAGUCAUAAUGGACCCAGACACGCAGCACGGCCAUUCACACCCAGGACUCAAGCUAUUCAGAUGUCAUUUGUGGUAGUUUAUUUUUGUUAAACUGAACAAGUAAGUUUACAAACAUAUAGUCCAUUCAAUUCAAUCUUUCAUUUGAUACCUGAUUUUGUGUUACAAACUCAACAAUAAUAUUUUAACUUGUUUUUUAAUCCCAACCUCUCACUUCUGGUACCGGGUACGAAUAGUCACAGCCUAACUUAAACUAUAGGCAGGGCCUAACUACAAUAUAGUGUGAUAUAGGCUAAUACAUCAGAUCAUUAGUCUAGUACUAACACCCCCCUCCCCCGUCGUAUUACUAUUAAAUUAAUUAUUUAACUAUUAGGAUUAAAUAGUUAAAAAUAGUCAGCAUAAUUAUUUCAAUGUCAUAUUUAUAUUUGACGGAAAUAGAAGAAUUCAUGUAUUAUUAGUAUUUGUAAAUUAAUACCAGUAGGCUACUUUGAAACUUUUUCAGUUGUUGUCAUUAGCUAUUGAUAUUGUAAUUUUUAGCUGGUACUAGCCUGUGUAACACUAUGUACUGUAUGGAUAUAUAGACAAUAUAGAAUGUAGAUGAAAAGCCUUCCUACUAUAUUCUAUAUUAUUUUAUUUAUUUAUUUUUCCAGCUGUGGAUUGACUCAAUGAUGUUGAGAUGACUCUACCCAUAUCUUAUUACACAUACUUUAUUAUUUACAAUAUAUUUCCAUUCAUUAACUUUACCGGUAAGUUUAAUUAGUAUAAAUUAUAAUGGCUCUGUUUACCAGGACUACCCUAGGAUUAGUUUUUCAGCAGAGCCAAGGGCAGCACAUGACAUCACAAAAGAAAGAUUUUAAAAAAAAAAAACUUUUUAGAAAAGUAUUCACAUUAUUAUUAACACUUCUUUUCUUAUGCAUAAAGAGUCAUAUAUCUAAUAGCAUUAUGGGCUCAUUAAGAAUAUAAAUAAAGCAAAUAAAAACGUUAGCCCAUUUUAAUUACCGUAUUUAUUGGCGUAUAACACACACUUUUUCUCCCCGAAAAUAGGGGGCAAAUCAUGUGUUUGUGUUAUAAGUUAUACGCUGAUAUAAUGUUUAGUUUUUUUUCCUGAAAUUUCCUUCUUAAAGAGAGAUGCGUGUUAUACGCGGGGGGCGUGUUAUACGCCAAAAAAUAUGGUAUAUAUUUUCCUUUGAAUUGUUCAGAUUACACUGUAUUACUCCAUAUUAAAAAAAAUUAUACUAUUAACUGUCUGUAUUGCACCAAUACACAAAUAAUGGGAAAACAAAAUUCACAACAAAUAUUCUGCUGCUGGUAAUCAAAAAUGAAAAUAAACCUAACUUUUACACUGAGAUCUAUGUACUUAAAAUCUAGUAUGCUGUUCUCUGACUUCAUGUUAAGAGCCUCAGGGCUAGUCAAUGUCCCUUUUGUAUCAACAGUGUUUGAUCAUAUUUUCAAGUCAUUUUGCUUGGCACAACAAGCAUCAACUACAUCAGUUGUAGCGCUCUAACCUAUACAAUACCAAAAAAUGGGACUGAUUUUUUUAGUCUUUUCAAAAUCUUAAAAUAAAAACCUAAAAACCAUGUUAGUUUCUUAAAAAAGUAAAACAUAUUCUUGAGUUCACUUUAUCUAUCCUAAACCUGUUUGCAUCUGUAUUUUUCUUUUUUUACUUUUUCAGAGUACUUGUUUAAACAUGCUGAUCAAUUUUGCACUGCAUACUGUAGGAACAAGUGUCUCAAGUGACAAAGUCAACACAGAUGGAUAUGAAUGUACCAACUUGAUCAGUGAAAACUGGCACCUCAGAAGGAAAGGAUUUUUAGCAGAGCAUUUCCUGAAGCCUCCUGUUAAUAUAACAUUCCGAUUUCCAUGCAAUGUUUAUAUUCAUCAAAUAGUUCUUACUCCAUGUGUUGGCCAGCAGCAGUCAUCUCAUCUAGAAUUGCUUUCUGCCUCCAGACCUAUGUCAAAAAAUAUUAAUGCAAAGAAAUUUCAUAAUAAUGAAACUGCAGUGUCUACCCCUCCUGGCAGUUCUGCUUCUUCAUCACACACAAAUUCCUUGAGCACUUCUGUCUCCCCGUUAGCUAUUUCCUAUCCAGUUUCAAGACUAACAGUUUUCACAAGUGAACCUGUUUGUUUUUUCAAUCCAAAAGUUGGUACACAUUUUUCAAACAAUUAUCCUGGUGAUCAUUGCCAAAAUAAAGUAGUUAUGCAGCAUUUUAAAAAAGACCUUCUCACUGCAUCAAGCCACAUAACAAUAAGGAUUUUAAGAACUGUUAGUGGCUCAACGGCAGCUGUGAGCAAUGUAGACAUUUGGGGAAUGCCUUCCAUUUUAGUUCCUGCUACCAUUAAAGAAAAUAUUGUCAAGAGUUAUAAGGAAUACAUUAAUCCUAUCUGUAUGAAAGCUCCCCUUAGCAGCACCCAUGAUUUAACCAACAAUGAACACAGUAACAAAUCACUAGGAACAAACGGCCAAGUAGAAGAGAAACAAAGAGUGUGUGAUAUUCCAGAAGACUUCUUGGACUCCAUAACUUGUGAAGUCAUGGCUAUACCUAUGUUACUUCCUUGUGGAAAGAAUGUUGACAUGUCUACAUUAGAUCGCUACUUUAACACAGAAGCUUCUUAUGGGAGAAAACCACGGGACCCAUUCACAGGUGUGGAAUUCUCCAAUGCCAACAAACCUGUUCCAAAUGGAGUACUGAAAGCAAGGAUUGAUCACUUUCUAAUGAAAAACAGUAAUGAUAAAGUGAUUGGAAGUAUUCCUAGAACUGUAGCAGGUGCUGGUAAUACUCUUCUGGGUAAACGAAAGUUGACAGGUCAGAAGGUUAAUAAGGGUGUUUCAUCCCUAAUAUCUGAUCCGAUAACUGAGAGCUUGCAAGCAAACAAAGGAGAUGAACAAAAAAAAGAAAUGCCAGUAAUAAAUAUAUCAAAUACAGUUUUACCAUCACUAGAUCACACUUCUAUCCAACGUCAUCAUAUUCAGGUCAACACGACUCAAACUCUCACAAAGUCUGAAAGUAAAAGAGCUUCACAAAAUGACAGCAUAAUUCCAGUAACAUCUGCAGACUUCUCAUCACAUGAGACUCAACUGAAAGACAGUUUAAACUUGGCUCUCUCUGCAGUGCGGAGUAGUUUUUCAUAUAGUUCAGCAACAGAUGCUUGUAGUGAUGUAAAUGUUGAAAAUGAUGGAUGUUCAUUGUGCCAACAGAUUUUGUCAGAUAACAAGAUAAAAAUAAUAAAAUAUCAAAUCCCAUGUGGUCAUUUAAUUUGUCGAGAAUGUCUGACAGCAAGGAGCCUUGAAUCUUCAUUACAUUGUGGAUUGUGCAACCACAGUUUUGAGAAAAGAUUUGCUGUCAGAAAACAUGACAAAUAAAAUUAAUUCAACUCAAAUUUGAAAUAAAAUAUAUUGAUUAAUUUGGAUAAGUCACUUAAAAUAUAUAUUUGUAUGUGUUAAAUUUAAUAAAAAAGAAAAUGACAUUUCUCAAUUAACUAGAGUUAGUUUUAGGACUUUCACAUAAAACUAUUAUUAAAAUUGCUCUAUAUAUUAGAAGGAAGAUUGUUUUAUGUGCCUUUAAUUCCAUAGUCGAGUUUAUAAAUCUAUAAAUUCAUAUUUAUGAAAAUAAUGCUAUUCAACAUAUAAAAGGAUGUCUUAUGUAAUUUUGUCCAGUUUUAUUCUUUUUUGCAAGAUUUUCACAUUACAUUAAAUUAAGGGAGCACUUUCAACUCGGAAGCCACACAGUUGCUUGAGGCAGGAUUUUUUUUAGUAAGAGUGAGGUAGUAAUAUUACAGUUGAACACAUAUUUUAAGGACUAUGUAGCUUUAAUAAUACAUGUGAAAUGGACAAUGUCUAAUGUCUUAAAAUAAACAACAUUAAAAUGACUGUAAUUGUCAGCAGUAUUUUUUAUUAAUCAGUAUUUUGUAAAAUGAAUUUUAAAAAUCUAAUGUAAAAUUUGAGAACAAUUAUGUAAAAUUAUUUUAAAUAGACAACAAAGUGUUCAGCUGAAGUCUUGAGACAGCUGUUCAGCUGAAGUCUUGAGAAAGUCGUUCAGCUGCAGUCUUGAGACAGUUGAGUCAACUCACUUUGCUAAAAUAGGGCUCUUAAAGAAGAGUCUGUACAUGAAUCCAUGUUAUUUACCAACCUUCUGGCAUCAAAAUACUUUCACACAAUGUUCAUUCCGGUCAUAAAAGUUUAAAUACACUGUUAUACAAUUUUUUUUUACAAUUUUAGUCAAACUUACUAAAGAAAAUUACUACUGUAUCUAAAUGAGCAGUUUUCAUCUUGUUUUAUGUUACAACAAACUAAUUCUUUCUAGCACUAAAUUUCUGCAGCACAUCCUAUAAAGUAUAAAAAUAUUGGCUGUUGGCUCUAUCAAAGAAUUUUUUUUUAAAAAUUGUAUUUAUACAAAACCUAUUAGAUUGGUUUUUAUAUUACACAUCCCAUUUUACUUACAUGGAAUCAUUGUACACUUUUUACCCCACAUUAUUUUUAUUCUCUUAUAUAAAAAAUUGUGACAUUCCUGUGAUUUUUUUUCUGGUGUCUGAUUCACAUUUGUUGGGAAACACUCAUCUGAAUAAAGCAGCUGAGUCAUCUUAAAAGAGAACUCAUUGAAAGAGUCAAAAGGGAAUAGCUGUGCUCACCCUUGUUCAUUUCUAGUUCUCAUUUCUCAGUAAUAAAUGUCCAGUUUAACUAUCGUAUAGGAAGUAAGUGGGCAAAUCACAGAUUGGUAAGACUUUCAAAC